AUGACUGUUCCUAAACAUAGCUACAAAGAUAUUGCUGCUAAGAAAGUUAAACUUAGAAAUGCUAAAUUCAAUGCAAAAUGGUUGGUCCCUGAAGAUCAACUUCCACUGCCCGAUACUAAAGAUGUUUUAAACUGGAUUGAACUGUCAGGAAAUUUAACUGAUAAAGAACUUAAAAUUACUGGAUCUAUAGCUGAAACUAUCCUUGAUAAUAUCAAGACUAAAGAAUGGACGGCUUAUGAUGUGGCUUCAGCCUUCUGCCAUCGUGCUUCAAUUGCACACCAAUUGACCAAUUGUUUAACUGAGGUAUUUUUUGAUGAAGCAUUAGAAAGAGCUACAGAGUUAGACAAGUAUUAUGAAGAUACUGGUAAGCUUGUUGGUCCAUUACAUGGAUUACCAAUCUCAUUGAAAGAUAAUUUCAAUAUUAAGGGUAAAGCCACUACUGUUGGUAUUGUUAACUUUUGUUUCAAUCCUGAAUAUUUCGAAGAAGAUGCUGUCUUAGUAAAACUUUUGAGAGAACAGGGAGCAGUUUUUUACGUUAAAACAAAUGUUCCAGUAGCAAUGAUGAUGCCAGAAUCAAUUAAUCAUAUCUGGGGAAAUACUACAAAUCCAAUGAAUAGAUUACUUAGUUCUGGUGGAUCUUCAGGUGGAGAAGCGGCUUUGAUUAAAUUGAAAGGUUCUGUUAUUGGUGUUGGACUGGAUAUAGGAGGUUCUAUUAGAAUUCCUGCUUCAUUUCAAAAUUUGUAUGCAAUUAGACCCACUUUUGGUAGAUUCCCUACCUAUGGUGCUAGAUCAGGUUUACCAGGUCUUGAAUCUGUUAAUAGUGUUAAUGGACCCUUGACAAAUACGUUAGAGGAUUUGGAGCUUUAUUGUAAAUCAGUUUUAGCUUGUGAACCUUGGUUACAUGAUGGGAAAUGUAUUGAAAUUCCUUGGAGAAAAGUUCAAAUCCCCGAGAAAUUGAACAUUGCGAUUUGUGGUGAUGAUCUUAUUACAAGACCAACGCCUCCAGUUAGAAGAGGUAUCUCAAUUAUCAAAGAAGCUUUAAUUAAAGAUGGACAUGAUGUUAUUGAUUGGGAACCAAUUGACCAUUUAAGAUUGGCACAAAUUUGUACUUCAUUCUUCCUUAGUGAUGGAGGAGUUCAUAUCACCAAGGAAACAGAUGCUACUGGUGAGACUUUGUUUCCUUAUAUGACCAAUUAUGGUACUAGUCCAGAAUUGAAAGUUUCAGAAUUAUGGAAAUUACAUGCUGAAAGAACUACAUUAAUUAAGAAAUAUCUUGAUAGAUGGUUAGCCAGUGGAAGUUUAACUAAAAAUGGUAAACCUAUUGAUGCUAUUAUUAUGCCUACCACUCCAUUUGCUGGUAAUCCAAAUGGAAAGUACCAUGAUAGUGUUGCUUAUACUUCACCAUUUAAUUUAUUAGAUUAUUCGGUAGGUAUUUUCCCAGUAACAAGAGCUAAUAAAGAUUUGGAUCCAGUUGAUGAUUCUAGCUCCAAUUACACACCUACUGAUACUAAGAUUUGGAGAGAUUAUAACCCUGAAGAGAGUCAUGGAGGUGCUGUUGCUCUACAAAUUAUUGGAAGAAAGUUCCAGGAAGAGAAGGUUAUUGAGAUGUUGAAAGUUAUUACGAAACUUAUUAAUUAUUCUGAUUAA